AUGGAUGCAUCCGUCCCACCUCCACCGACGGUUCCAGAGGCAUGGCUGCCCAACAAGCUUCGAAAGCGUCAAGGCCUGCUGGAUCACACCGACGUGCCUGCCCGGCAGAAGGUGCCUUUCAUCCACUGGGGCUACAGGCCGCCUCCCGCAGGGCCCUGGGACCUGAUCCGAAGCAUUUUUCGGAUCCACAACGAGACAGGUAACAUCUGGUCUCACUUGAUUGGCGCUGGCUACUUCGCUUGGGUUGGGGUAGAUGCAGCCCUGGGUUUCUCGAGAGCGACGAGCUUUGAGCAGCAGGAAAGUUCUGCAUGGCAGAGCCAUGAAUAUGAUACUUCCGUGCGUUCUGAUUCUGUUGGCGAUGGCGCUUUUGAUCUGGUGCCACGCUACUGCGCUUCUUUGCAGCACGAUGCCGAUGUUGUUUUUCUACAAGGUUCCCAACAUCCACACCGUGCAUUGCUGAUAUUCAGGAAAGAUCCAAACGAUGGCUCUUCCACAGUAUUUCUUGGCUUAAUAGCUCCUUGGCAUGGGAUGUUCAGGAGUACGGCCAGCAAGCCUCGAUCCCCGAAAUGUGUGGGUGGCCCUGCAGCACAGGUGAUACAGAUGCUGCCCUUGCUCUUCCUGGAGUUGAGAAUAGCGCGCUACACUCAGCAGCAGAGAGCACUUGCCCAUGAGGAUCCGACCCAUGCCGCUCAGGUCGUGUCCAGAUCCGGAAGCGAUGCUGGCGAUGUUUGGCACCAAGGCCACGUGACAAUGGCUCAUGGAACCAUCCGGUUCAGUUCGGAGAGUAAUCCUUGGGGCUCAUCGUUGAACUUUAGCAUCUGGGGUCUGAAGGUACUCCUCCUCCAUGGAUGCUUCAUGACGCUUCGAGUCUGCGUGCCCCAGCUUGAGAAAGCAAGCCUGGCCCUUGAUGGAGGUCGGGAUCGGGUGGUCCAAUCUCCUCGGCACGAUUGCGGUGGUCGGAGUGCCGCCUGGCUGCAUUCCGGCUUCCGCUUCAAGUGGAAAGUGGAAUCUGUCACCGAGCACAUGGAUGUACUGUGCCUCGUUGUCUUGGCGGGCAUUGGAGCUCUGCUGACGGAGGUGUUCGAGUAUGACACGCCAUACCUAUUGCUUGAACACACGAUAUUUACGGCUUCGAGCUACAUCGAAGUCGUUGGCUUUGUGCCCGCUGUGUGGAUGGUGCACCAAUCUGCCAAGAAGAACGACGAUGCAGCUCCGAUUGAUAGGGUGACCCGGACGGGUGGUGUUGACCUGCAGCGGCAAGCAAUCUUCUUCUUUGUGUCCAGCCUGCGCCAGUGUUUCCAUGAGGUUGUUGGCGGCAAGAGUCAUGCCACAGCCCUUUGGAUCUUUAUUUUGGUCGUAGCCAGUGCUUAUUGCUGUGUUUGUUCCGUCGUCUUUCACCUCUGCUCCUGUACUCAUGUCGGUGUCAGAGACUGCACGUACAAGAUGGAUCUGACGGGCAUUGUGGUCUUGAUCGCUGCAUCGUACUUCACUGGCAUCGCCCUUGGCUACCGUUGCUAUCCCGCCUUGCGCAGCUUCUAUCUCGCAUAUGCUGCCUUGAUCUCUGUAGCGCUGGCAGUGUCGCGGCGGGACUGGCUGCAUCUAGCCAGCGCCGCAGGUUUCGGCCUAGGCUUCGUGGGCCAGCGGGUGAGAGCCAGCAACAUCGGCAAGCAGACAGUCAUACACACAGUCGGGGGGAAAGAGGUGGCGAUCCCAGGAUCGAAUCCAGACACAAUGGUAGCCCACGCGUUAGACAAGACGGUGUACCCUGCACAGUGGCCUUACACAGCCAGAGAUUUCUUUCGGCUGGAUGGCAGUGACGAUGCGGAGUUCUAUGCUGAGCCAAAGCUUGUGAAGCAUUUAGAGGACCAGACGCUUGCCGCUCUCACGCGUUUCUAUGCGGCAGUUUUUCCGAAGGAUCAAGCCUUCGAUGCCUUGGACAUCUGCUCGUCCUGGAUCUCUCAUUAUCCCAAAGAGCCCAAGCCCAAUCGCCUUGCGAUCACCGGAAUGAAUGCGGAAGAGCUGAAGCGCAAUGUGCAGGCGACAGACUGGACGGUACAGGACCUGAACGCGACCCCAAAGCUGCCAUAUGGUGAUGCCGAGUUCGACGUUGUCACCAACACGGUGUCGGUGGACUACUUGACCAAGCCACUUGAGGUCUUCACGGAAAUUGGCCGCGUCUUACGACCUGGAGGAUUGGCCAUCGUGGCUUUCUCAAACCGCUGCUUCCUGUCAAAGCUGGUCGCCAUCUGGAGCGUGGGUGACCCCGAUGACCGCGCGGAAGUGGCAGCGAGCUACUUCCAUUUUGCAGGCUGCUUCGGUGAUCCUGAGGUUGUUGAUCUCUCGCCGCUCUUGAAGCCAGAGCUGGUGAAGGAUUUGGCACAGCACAUGGUGCUGUGCGUAGUCCUUGGGCUCGUUCCUGCCGUGCAUUUCCUCUGUGCAGCCACUGGGAAGCAAGUAGCAUCACAUGACGGCCUUCCGGCUUCGAUGAGCCUGUCUCUGCAGGAAGAGUGGAGCCCCGAGCUCCUGAAUGAACUGCAACGCGCAUGCGCCCAAGCUGCCCUCAUAUUCUCGCAGUCGCAUGCUUCCGUUUCCUUCCGAUCUUGCCGUUGUUUACAUGGCUUGUUCAGUCUGCAUGCCGGCUGCAGCAUUCAACUUAAGUUGCGUGCUUUAGCUAGACAAGUGAUGGCUGUCGUUGGGGAAAACCACCCGACGCCAAUAACCCUUGAUUUGAAGAGCCCUCCUGUCGAUGUAAAUGCUCCACUGGAUGCGCGGGACAUCGAAUUGGUGCAGCAAACGUUUGCACGGGUGGCGAUGCUAGGUUCGAACACCAUCGGGCGGAUCCUGUUUAUGAACAUUUUCAAGAUCGCCCCGGGUGCUGUGGAGCUGUUCCCCUUCGCAAAAGGCGAUGCGCACAUGUGGAGACCUGGAAGUCCACUGGAGGUGCAUGCUCUGAAGGUGGUGGAGACCGUGGCCACGGCCGUGUCCCUCUUGAAGGACUUGGACACUUUGGUGCCUGUUUUGCAGAGCCUGGGUCUGAAACACGUGGGCUACGGGGUCGAGAAGGCCCACUACGACGUGGUAGGCCAGGCCCUCAUCGCCACCUUGGAAGUGGCCCUCUCGCGCCACUUCACUGAGCCAGUGAAGAAUGCCUACUUAAAGGUUUGGACGAUUGUCAGGGACACCAUGAUCAGUGACAACUAUGCGGUGCCUGUGCUGGAAAGCGGGUCCUUGGACUAUGAGGAUGUGCAGAAUGCGUUGCAGACCGCGCCUGGCAGCCACUUUGCCUGGCCGACAGACUGGCCGCAGAGUUCGAGGAGCGACAGCGGCCUUCGCUGGGGCGGCUGGGCUCAGGAGGCGCGGUUCCGGCUGAUGGGUCGGCAGCCCGAGGAAGGCACUCGGCUUCCGAAGCCUGACUUGCUUUCGGAUGGGGCGAUGGCGCUGCCAAUGAGCACCAUGACGUCCGGCAAGCGGCGGACGUACCCAAAUCGAAGCACUUUUCAGGCACAUGUCUGCUGCGUGAUGGAUCCACUUCAGGUGCCUCACGUUCUGGAGUCCUUGCAGAAAAGCCCUCAAUUCAAGUCGGUUCGGAGCUGGCCGUAUGCGUAUCGCAUCGUCUCGCCGUUUGAUGGUGAGGUGCACAUGGAGAGCGAUGACGACCAUGAUCCGGGAGCGGGUGGCAAGAUGCUCGGGUUGCUCAAGCGCAUGGGACUGGAGAAUCUUCUCCUCAUCAUCUCACAUUGGGACAGCGGCAGCAGUAACCGCUUGGGCGCAGAACUCUUCAAGUGUGUCACGGAGCAAUGCAAGGACUUGCUGAAAGAACUUCAGGAGGCAGUCCGGGCCUCCUUCCCCCCUGAGGAGCUUCUGAUUGCUGGCAGGUCAACCGAGCAAGAGGAUGCCCCGGCACUUGAGGACGGUCAGACGCCUGGUAGCGGUACAGAAUCCAUGUUUGGCAGCGACACGUAUGGAGAGACUUUCAGCGAUCCGUUCCAGGUUCCAGAUCCGCCGUCGACAUCGAGGCAUGUCGAUCUCCGUGCCAUCGGUGCGACUCCUCCUCCCGAGCUGAUGUACGCAAGCCGGGGGGUGUGCAUCCAGCAGAAUCGGCGGAUGUGGCCCUCUCCGCCGAAGCGGCUGCAUCCCAGCGGUCAUGCCAGCCGUGAUUCCAUGGGUUUCCUGGUGCAGAGUGCCUGCCGGAAGGGUGGCGAGCAGAACCCAACCCAUGACUUCGGUGCUGCGGUGGGACCAAAGACCAGCAACAGAGGCGACGGACUGCCGAUGGGUAGCGUGAAGUCCAAGCGAGACCAGGCCUACACGUUCAUCACGGAGGGGGACAUCCCAGAAGUUGUUGACUUCAAUGGGUUAUCCAACGAGGAGCUGGAGAAGUUGUGCUCGCAGCUGCAGAGCGACAGGGAUGGCUUGGAUUCACAGUUGCUGGGCCUCGCACACUACGAGGAUGUCCUGAAGCCGCAGGUGGAGAAGACGAAAUCUGAGAGCAAAGCUAAAGGCCAUUCGAAAAGGCAGCGGAAGUGCCCGCGGCGCGGCGUAAGUGAUGCCAAUACGGAAGCCGCGUGCGUACUCCCCUACCUGCUCCUAAUGUUUGGCAGCUACGGUGCGGGGGCUUGCUUCUACUUUGCUCGCUGGCCCGAGUGUUGCUGGCCGGGGUACUUCGACAUAAUCGGACACAGCCAUCAGGAGAUGGUUAGUGUUCAGACAGGCUGUUACCACAAGAUGCUGCAAGCCUCAUCUAGGUAG